AAAAAAGAAACAACAACAACAAGAAAGGAAAAGCGCCAUGCACGCGCUGGACGUCGCGCUCUCGGCGCUACUUGUGGCCAUCAUCGUGGUGUCGCUCCUGGCCAACGUGCUCGUACUCGUGUGCUUCGUGUACAGCGCGGAGAUCCGGCGGCAGGUGCCCGGGCUGUUCGUGCUCAACCUCACGGGCUGCAACCUGUUGCUCGCCUCCUCCAGCAUGCCGCUGACCGUGGCCGGGCUAUUGGGUCACGCGCCCCCGCCGGGCGGCCACGGCCUGUGCCAGCUGGUGGGCUUCCUGGACACGUUCCUGACGGCCAACUCCAUGCUCAGCAUGGCGGCGCUCAGCAUCGACCGCUGGGUGGCCGUGGUGUUCCCGCUCAGCUACCACUCCCGCAUGCGCCGGCGGGACGCGGUGAUUGCGCUCGCCUACGCGUGGCUCCACUCGCUGGGCUUCGCCGUGGCGCCCGCGUGCCUCUCGUGGCUCGGUUACCACCGGCAGUACGCUUCGUGCACGCUGUGCAACGGACGCGCAGUGCGUGCCGCGGGCGGGCCCUCGCCUUCGUCGCGCGCGCACUUCGCCGCCUACACCGUGGCACUCCACGCGCUCACCUUCCUGCUCGUGCUGGUGGUGCUGUGCGUCACGUACCUCAAGGUGCUGCAGGUGGCGCGCUUCCACUGCAAGCGCAUCGACGUCAUCACCAUGCAGACGCUCGUGCUGCUCGUGGACAUCCACCCCAGUGUGCGCCAGCGCUGUCUGGAGGAGCAGAGGAAGAGGAGGCAGAGAGCCACCCGCAAAAUCAGCACCUUCAUCGGGACCUUCGUCGUCUGCUUCACCCCUUACGUCCUCACCAGGGUGGUGGAGCUGUUUGUGGCGGUUCCGAUCAGUCCGUACUGGGGAGUGCUGUGCAAGAGCUUGGCCUACAGCAAAGCUGCCUGCGACCCGUUCGUCUACUCCCUCCUCCGGCACCAGUAUCGGCAAACGUGCAGAGACAUCAUCAACCGCUUCCUCAAGCGACGAUCACUCAACAGUUCAGGCCACCGGGAGGAGAACGGCAAAGUGGAGAAGAAACCUUCCAUUCCUGAGAAAAAAACGGAGAAAGCGGAGAAGCCGACACAGGAAAAGAAAGCCGGCACAGAUUCCGCUGUUUAAAAACUGGAAUGAAAGAGUGAUGGAGAUUUAAAAAAAAAAUGUAGCAACACAAAACCACUACAAAGACGAAGCAGCUGAAGAGAAGCAGCAGAGUGAGGGAACACAGGUUUCAGACAUUUUCUACUUUUCUACAUUCAAAAGUGUUUUAGAAGUUUUUUUUUUUCUGUACAGAGAUGAUCACAUCCUUUGAAGUAAGGCUACAGUGUCUUCAAAAAUGAGUUUUAAUGUUUUUUUUUUAUUAUUAUUAUUGUAAAAGCUGCUAGAUUUGGGGGAUGUUUCUGGAUAUGUGGUGUGAAAGUGGGCACAUCAUAAGAAAGGGACCAACUCUAUCCACUGCCAUUGCUGCCAACAGUACUGAGGCUAAAGCUGCUAAAGUAAGCUGGACGCAGGACUGUCUUCUUUAAAAAAAAGCCAUGUUAAUAAUGUAGAGUGUGAAAGGUACACCAACAGUAGGCCAGUGGUGUGCAACCCAAAAUAUACAGUAUGGCAUGGGAAAUCCAUUCUAAGCAUCAAAUGUUGAGAUGUUGACAAAAAUAUUGGCAUUGUUUUACUUUGGCUGCUUGCUAAAUUGGAGCUAUUCGCUAUAUAGAUUUUUGGAGCAGAAAUUAUAAACCUAACUACCUCCACCAUGUUUCACAGGUGAGAUGAUGAGCUUUGGAUAAUAUGCCUUCAUAAUAUGUUCUUCAUAUUCCUUUUUCUUAGAACUAAUUGACCAAAACAAAUUGAUCAUUAUCUCUCUUUGGUAAAAUUGGCAAUAUUGUUUCUGAACUGUACAAGCGUUUUCAGAUGUUUUUUUUUUUUUUUCCAAUCUACACUGACAUGCCAGAAGUCAUGGGACGUCAUGGGAUAGCAGUAUGUAAAUUGAUCAUGAAGGGUUUACACUGAGACAUUAAUAAUGAGGAGAUCAGGCCCUGAAGGGAUAUAGUGAAUAUUUUUUAUUAUGUAAAAGAAGUGGUGAGCACCAGAUACUUAGUGGUGAGCAGCAACAGUAUAUCUACUGGUCUUUACAUGACUCCACAGACUGCAACGUGCACUUUUAAUAACAGUUAGCUAGGUAACUAGUUAGCUGGCUAUCGUUAGCUCUGGGCUUAUAGCCACCUGUAGCUAACUAGCUAAAACAUUCCACACUGAAAUACAUUAGUUAACAUUAUCUACCCUAGCUAGCU